CGUCUCGCUUCCCGGAAACCGACACACGAGGCGAGCAAAAACAUUUUCCACCGGCUCCGUCUCUUUGUCCAUCACCUCCCCGCUGAAGCAACAUCCACAGCGACACCAUGGCGAAUGUAGUCGAUACCAAACUCUACGACAUUCUGGGAGUGUCCCCAUCGUCGACUGAGAAUGAACUGAAGAAGGCAUACAGGAAACUGGCCAAAGAAUACCACCCUGACAAGAACCCAAAUCAUGGUGACAAGUUUAAAGAAAUCAGUUUCGCCUAUGAGGUGUUGACCAACCCUGAAAAGAAGGAACUUUAUGAUCGCUAUGGAGAACAAGGCUUGCGGGAAGGAGGUGGGGGUGGCGCAGGAAUGGACGACAUCUUCUCCCACAUCUUUGGUGGUGGACUCUUUGGCUUCAUGGGUCAGGGGAAUCGCUCUAGGAAUGGAGGCCGGAGGAGAGGAGAAGACAUGGUCCAUCCACUCAAGGUGACACUGGAGGACGUUUACAAUGGGAAAACAACUAAACUACAACUUAGCAAGAGUGUUCUGUGUAGCACCUGUAAUGGGCAGGGAGGAAAGACGGGUGCUGUACAAAAAUGUACAACAUGUAGGGGCCGUGGGAUGCGCAUCAUGAUCAGACAGCUGGCCCCAGGGAUGGUCCAACAGAUGCAGUCUGUGUGCACUGAUUGUAAUGGCGAAGGUGAAGUUAUCAGUGAGAAGGACCGCUGUAAAAAAUGCGAGGGCAAGAAAGUUUUGAAAGAGGUGAAGAUUCUAGAGGUACACGUGGACAAAGGCAUGAAGCACAGCCAGAAGAUAACGUUUGGAGGGGAAGCUGACCAGGCUCCUGGCGUCGAGCCCGGAGAUAUUGUCCUUGUCCUGCAGGAAAAAGAGCAUGAGACAUACAGGCGAGAUGGCAAAGACCUGUUCAUGAACCAUAAGAUCGGCCUGGUGGAGGCGCUGUGCGGUUUCCAGUUUAUGGUGAAGCACUUAGACGGCAGACAGAUCGUUGUGAAGUAUCCUGCUGGCAAAGUCAUUGAACCUGCCUCUGUCAGGGUUGUGCGAGGAGAGGGUAUGCCCCAGUACCGAAACCCCUUUGAGAAGGGAGAUCUGUAUAUCAAGUUUGAUGUCCAGUUCCCUGAAAACAACUGGAUCAGCCCUGAAAAACUUGUGGAGCUGGAGGAUAUGUUGCCCUCACGGUCCGAGCCGCCCAUCAUCACCGGAGACGCAGAGGAGGUCGACCUGCAGGAUUACGACGUCAGCCAGAGCUCGUCAUCAGGCAACCGCAGAGAGGCCUACAAUGAUAGCUCAGACGAAGAGGGCGGACAACACGGGCCGGGGGUUCAGUGUGCUCACCAGUAAUCUCAUAUCUCUCCCCCCCUCAUAUAUACACACACACACACACACACACACAAACACACACACAUUCUACUAUGGGAGAAAAUGUAAACCAGAAGGAAAAAGGCUUGACAGAUCCUCAUGCACUGAUCAGACAUGACAUUGAAACAUGGCACCUGGAAUUGUUGAUUAUUAAUGUCGUUGGCUGUGUGUUUGGAUUUAUUUGAUCUUUGUGUGAGGAACUCACUGGGGCAACCACAGUCUCAUUACACUGCACCUGCAAACGAGACGUAGUGACUUUAAACUUAAACGUCAGAUAAACAUCAGAUAAUAAACUAAAACAAGUGGUUGUUCCAGUGAACACUUUGCCCUGUGUGUGAACGUGAUCUGGUGUUAAACUGCCCCCAACCCCUUCACCUUCCUCUUUCAUCCCCGUUGAAUCCAUUCUCCUGUGAACAUGCGAACUCCAGAUCAGUCAAAGAAAUGUUUUUUGUUUGCCGAGUGUGUGACUUGCAUUUUGUAUUCAUAGUAUUUACAAUAAUUAAUUUAAGAACUAACAAAUGUGCAUACACAGACAAAGCAGCUGAGCAAAUGUGACUUGCAGAUCCUCGGACUCAUGUAUUCAUGGACUUCACUCUGCGCCAUUCGUAGGAUUUGUUUCAGAUUUUUACAGCUUUAUUUUCUUCAUAGGUUUUUAGUUUUUUUUUCAUUAUAUUUUAAUUCAAACAAAAGAUUGGUUAUGUGUAUAUCCUUGAACUGUUGGUAAGCUUCUUCAGCUGCUGUAAUCAAAGUUGUGUGAUUUUUAAAAAAGAAAAAUGACAAGUGAAAUAACAAAAGCCUCUAUAGCCUGUAUCUGUGCUGAGACCAUGUGCAUGUAAAAAGCUGUGGUAUCUGCACUUCAAAUCAAAACAUUGGCCAGAUAAUACAGCACACUUAAGAAAACGUCUAUGAAGUUGUUGAAUAAAUUGUUGAAAUAUG